AUGGAGACUUUGGUGAAGAGCUGCGCAGGGAUUGAGAAGAAAAGAAGUGUCUUAACUGAAUCAAAGGAGAGAAGUGGAUCGAGCUACGAGGUUUCUUCAGCCGCCGCUUCGUCUUCUCCGCCACCACCACAGUCGAUUCUCGGUUGGCCGAUAAGGAAAGCCUCGUUUCGUAAGAGUUCAAAGGAAAACAUCAAGUUCGACCAUAACAAACCUGCCCUUGUCGCUGAUUCUGGGUUUAAAGGAAAGGAAGUGAACAUUGCAGACGUGGAUAUGAUGAAGGAGAGAUUUGCAAAGUUAUUACUUGGUGAAGAUAUGUCAGGUUCAGGCAAAGGAGUGUGCACAGCUUUAGCCAUAUCCAACGCCAUCACCAAUCUCUGUGCUACAAUCUUUGGGCAGCUAUGGAGGUUGGAGCCUCUUCCAAGCGAGAAGAAGGCAAUGUGGAGAAGAGAAAUGGAGUGGAUUCUCAGCGUUAGUGAUCACAUCGUUGAGUUAACACCUUCCACACAAACUUAUCCAGACGGCAAAAAGUUCGAGGUCAUGACUUGCAAACCAAGAUUUGAUCUUUUCAUCAACCUCCCAGCUCUCCGUAAGCUAGACAAUAUGCUUCUUGAUGUCUUGGCGAGUUUCAAGAAAACAGAGUUCUGGUACGUUGAUCAAGGCAUUGUAUCUUCUGAAAACGAUGGCUCAGCUUCUUUCCGCAGAAAGAUUCAGCGCCAAGAGGAGAAAUGGUGGUUGCCUGUUCCUCGUCUAGCACCUAAUGGCCUUACAGAAGAUGCAAGAACAGAACUAAACCACAAGAGGGACUGUGCAACUCAGAUACUCAAAGCUGCAAUGGCCAUCAACAGCGUCUCUUUAACCGAAAUGGAUGUUCCUGAAUCUUACCUUGAAACCCUCCCUAAGAAUGGUAGAUCAUGCCUUGGAGAUGUUAUCUACAGAUACAUAACAUCGGAGAAAUUUUCCGCGGAGUGUCUUCUCGAUUGUCUUGAUCUCUCCUCUGAGCAUAUUGCUCUUGAUAUCGCAAACCGUGUGGAAGCUUCCAUAUAUGUUUGGCGCAGAAGAGUUCAAACAAAACUUGGAGUCAACAACACUUCAAGCUCAACUACACCAAAGCUAUCAUGGGAGAUGGUGAAAGAUCUAAUGGCUGCUGGUGACAAAAGAGGAUUGCUUGUGGAGAGAUCCGAAACUCUCUUACGUUGCUUGAAGCAGCGGUUUCCAUCUCUAACGCAGACUUCUCUAGAUAUUAGCAAGAUUCAAUCUAACAAGGAUAUUGGGAAAUCAAUCUUGGAGAGCUACUCAAGGGCUUUAGAGAGCUUAGCUUCAAACAUCGUGGCACGAAUCGAUGAUUUACUCUAUGUGGACGACUUAACAAAACAGCCUGAUGAUAACAAUGUAUUGUCAAGUCCAAGAGUCAGCGUUAUAGCUCACAAGAAAGUAGUACCAGUCCCUUAUUUACUAUCUGCAUCAGGAACACCAUACAGAACAAGCUUCUCAACCACACCAGGUUUCUCUCCUGCACCUAGGAUUAGCCCCAGACAAGGAGAGAGAACACCUUCUUAUUCAAGCAAGAACACAAUCAAAGUCAAUGAGAAAGGUCUUCCUUCACGAGGAUUUGGAGUGAGAAGGGUCUUGAACAACUAUCUUGGCAUGGAGUCGAAACUAAAAGUAUGCGUGGAUCCAUCAGAGAGUCCAGAAACGGCAGUGAGAAACCAGUUUGGUAAAGAAGGUGAAGAGGAGAAGAAAAGAGAUUCCAUAACAUCAAAGGGUCCUCCUAAGUACAAUGUGUCUUGA